CUUCCUGUUAGCAUCUACCGUCAUGGCGGAACUGAACAGACAGCUCCAGGACUACUUGGCUCAGUCUAAAGGUGGCAGCGCCAAGACCAUCUCACAGUCCAGCUCCAGCACCACGCUGGACAUGGACGACCCGGAGCCGGCUGCCGGGAGCUGGUUCGGUCGGUGGUCCAGUCCGUGGUCUGGACGCCGUAGCGGCAGUCCGUCCAGUCAGACCUCCAGCGGGAACAGCGGCUUUUCUUGGCCGUGGUCAACCGAGCCGGACCCCUGCCUGCCGGGGAUGAGCCGCAGGCAGCGGCUCGUGGCCUUCGGGGUGUGCGUGUGUUUCUCCGCGCUGUGUUUCGGACUGUCGGCGCUCUACGCGCCGCUGCUGCUGCUCUACGCCCGGAAGUUCGCGCUGCUGUGGUCACUCGGUUCGCUGUUCGCCAUCGCGGCAGCGGCGGUCCUGCGGGGCCCCAGCAGGCUGGCCGCCGGCCUGCCCACCUCCCCCGGAGCUGCGGUGUACCUGUGCGCCCUGGGAGGGACCCUGUACGCGGCGCUGAGCCUCCACAGCACCGUGCUGACCGCGCUGGGAGCCGCCCUGCAAGUCGCUGUUCUUGUCGGCUUCGUGGUGUCUCUGCUGCCCGGAGGAAGCGCCGGGAUCCGCUUCAUGGGUGGGAUGGCGGCGUCCGCCAUCAAAAGAACCGUCACCGGGAAAACCAUGCCGAUCUGACGGGACCGAGAGCUAAAAAAAGACCUUAGGCAGUCGCGGGAGGUUACCUGUCAGACAUUCCCCAUGUUCAGGACGUGUGAUGUGGAGUCCAUGAUUGCUGACGUCACCUGCAGAAGUUCGGGGAACUGAACCCUGAGUGUUGACUGGCAGGAGACACAAACAGCUGAUGUCAUGGAGACGUUUCAGGUGGUGGACUCGGCUGGACCGGCUCCCAGUUCAGGUGUUAGACUUAAACCUUAGUCAGGUUUUAAUCUGACGAAGAGGUGAUCGUCAUCAUCAUCAUUUACAACCAAGAACUUUAUUUAAAAUGUUGAGAUUUCAGGUUAAAAACAGACCCAGACUGGUGGUGGUCCGCGACGUCUACAUGUGAACGAAAUGAGAACUCAAACCCUGGAAGUCCUGAGUGUUUCCAGAUUCAUCUGAUCUGAUUGUUUUCUCUGUUUUUAUGGAAAAUAAAGAUUAAAAACUUCAGAGUAAA